AUGCUAUACCAGCGCCAGCAGUCGUUAGCACCGCAAUGCUCGAUUGACGUCGAAGGUGUCUGGGGCCCUCGCGUCCAUGGUUGUGGGAAUGAUUUCGACCUGACGCUGCUCUUUCAGGAGGUCGUGUUGUCCAUCGCGCCUCUGGGCAUCGCCAUCUGCCUGGCGGCGUGGCGCAUAUGGCAUCUAUGGCAACAAGACGUGAUUGUCGCGUCGCCGCUGCUGCAUCGAUUGAAAAUGGGUGGCUACUCCCUGUUGGCACUACUACAGAUGGUGCUAUUCGUAGCCCAGGUCUCGCUUCAGACACCUCUGACCAGAGCUACGACUGCGGCUUCCUGCCUGGGAGUGGUUGGCUCUUUGGUCCUUGGGCUUGCCUCCCAUCUCGAGCACGAGCGCUCGGUCCGUGCGUCGACACUGUUGCUCCUGUAUCUAGGGUAUUCCAUACCGGUUGACGCCAUGCGUGCCCGUACGCUCUGGAGCAUGCCUCGCGAUGUUGUUCCCGUAGCCGCCGUAUUCACGACAUUCGUGGUAUGUAAACUUGUAGUCCUCGUCUUGGAACGCGCACGAAAAGUGAUUCGAGUAGGAAGUCGCCAACCGACCCCUGAUGAGCGAGCAGACAUUGUGUCGCGCGGUUUCCUGUGGUGGCUGCUCCCUAUGUUUAGUCUAGGUAAAAAGAAGCUACCGUUGACGGCUGAAGCUCUUCCAGACAUCGAGCCCAAGUUGACUCGACCCGGUGACAUUCGCGUUGAAGACGAUGGAGACGAUGAUGAGCGCUUGAGCAAGCUGUCCAUCUUUCAUCACCUGUUCGCCGUGCGGGGAUGGCUACUAAUGAGUGCCAUUCCGCCGAGGCUUUGCUAUACUGGGUUCCUCUUCGCACAGCCAUUCUUGGUGCAAAGAGCGACGGAAUUCAUGUUCGAGCCAUUCGACUCAAACACUUAUAAAAUUGGCGGAAGCUUGAUCGCAGCAUACGUCGUGGUGUACGUAGGAAUAGGAGUGACUCAAGCUUUCUACCGUCAAUGCACUGCACGUGCCAUCACUGCUAUACGCGCGGAUCUAGUAAACAAGAUCUAUAGCCACACUUUGAAACUCGACAUCUCGUCCCAUUUCCGCGAGUCAGCGUCGACCCUGAUGAGCUCCGAUGUCGAGCGAUUUGCAACUGGAUCACGCAACAUGCACGAGUGUUGGGGCUGUCUAAUCGAGGUUGCCCUGGGCUUGUGGCUUCUCCAGCAGCAGCUAGGCGUUGCUAUUGCUGCAACAGGUGGACUGACUGCCGCAUUUAUCGGACUCACUUGUUUGAUUGUGGCGCCCGUAGGCGCCCGACAAAAUGCUUGGCUCAAGAGCGUAGAGACGCGCAUCACUGCUACGACCCAGAGUCUCAAGGCCAUCAAAGGUGUCAAAAUGACAGGUGUCACAGGAACUAUUCGUGAGGACAUACUGAGGCUCCGAAAAGCGGAAAUCCUCGGGUUGAGAAAAUUCCGAAAUAUCUUGUUAGUGGUCGCAUGGGCAGGCUGGAUUCCCGUCAUAAUGGCCCCCAUUGUUGGCUUCACCAUAUACAAUGUUGUUCUUGGUCCGCAAUCCGGACGCGUGCUCACUCCCGCUAUGGUAUACCGAUGCUUGACCCUUUUUAGCAUCUUUGGCAACGCAGUCGGUAGCUUCAUUGACAGUGCAGUCAAUACCGUCACUGCCAUUGCUGCUCUCCAGCGGAUUGACUCUUUCCUUCAUGGCGACAAUGCGCGUCUGGAUCAUCGGGCACUUCUGCAAUCUCAAUCUCCACAAGAAGAUGAAAUGAAUCUGCUCUUUCCACGACUACGCCCGGCAAUUCCCUGGAUACAGCUGCACAGACUGAGCUUUGGUGGCAGGGGCCCUUCACCAGCUCUUCGACUCCAUCACGCUUUCGCAGGUUGGAAUGCCGAUGCUCCGCUAAUUGUCCAAGAUGUUAAUCUGGAGCUGACGGCACCAUCAGUUGUUGCAGUCGUUGGCCCCACGGGUAGCGGAAAAUCAACUCUACUGCAACUGCUCCUGGGUGAAACAAGGUGCGCGGCUGGCUCGGUUGCCGUCUCGAAUAUGCGAAUCGGCUACUGUAGCCAGACCCCGUGGCUCACUAAUGACUCUAUUAGAAACAACAUUAUAGGGUCGGACGUUUUCGAAGAAGAAUGGUACAAUACCGUCAUCCAGGCGACUGCACUGGAGCAGGAUAUCAACAUGAUGGCAUCCCGUGACAAUACAGUUGUUGGAAACGAUGGAAGCAACCUUAGCGGGGGUCAAAAGAAGAGGGUUGCUCUUGCACGAGCGGUCUACACGAGAGCGCCGAUUGUCAUCCUAGAUGAUGCAUUCAACGGCCUUGACGGUCGCACCGAGUCAUCAGUCCUACUCGCUCUACUCGGCCGUCAAGGCUUGCUACGUAAGCAGAAGAGCUUGGUGAUAUGGGCAACCAGUUCCGCAGUCCAGCAGGCUUGGGUCGCUGAUCGCGUUAUUUCCCUCACUGAUAGCGGCAGCGUCAGGAAGAGAGAUUCUUUGUUGAUGGCAGUCACUAGGACUCAUGCCUUGCAGGAACGUAAUUUCAAAGACCAAGACGAAGACGACGACGAGAUUGAUGGGUUUGAAAGGCGCCCUUUCUCAACCAUGGAGCUCGUCCAGGGCCUUGUUCUUGGCUCCCUGCCAAAAGAUGUGGCAUCGACGAGCAACGCGCACGCGGCUGCCAGCGAUACACUCGUGUACAAAUAUUAUAUCGGCGUAUCAGGCAAAAGAAAUUUUCUCAUCUUCAUAAUCAUGUGUAUCAUAUUCGUGAUUGGGAUCACGUUCAACCAGAUUUGGGUAAUUCGCUGGGCCGAAAACAAUAUUCUCCAUACGUACGAUAACCAGGCGUAUUAUAUCGGAAUGUAUUUUGGCGCUGGCACCAUGCAGCUGAUUGCUUGGACUGGAGCAGCUUUGUUCUUCCUUACGAGCAUAUCUGAGAAGUCUGCCAACCGCUGCCAUGUAGCUCUUCUGGAUACCGUCCUAAGGUUGGUUCCGUGUAUCUAUAAUCUUGUUCCGCAGAGUUAUGGGUUUCCUUAUCAAUGGCAAUCGACUAAUCAUGAGACCAGGGCGCCGAUGUCUUUCUUCGACUCUACGACUGCUGGAGAAACCAUCAACAGAUUCAGCCAAGACCUGCAGCUCCUUGACACGGAACUUCCGUAUACACUGGUAGGGGCUACCCUCCAAUUUCUGACUGCUCUUGGCCAAUUUGCCAUCAUCAUAUAUGGUUCUCCUUGGUCCGGCCUGACACUUCCCGUUGUCGGCGUCGCACUAUACCUGCUUCAGCGAGCAUAUCUCCCAACCUCGCGUCAACUACGCUUACUGGAAAUAGAAGCCAAGGGGCCCUUGUUCUCCCACUUUCUCGAAACACUCAACGGCCUCUCAACUAUCCGCGCACUGCGAUGGACAAAGGCUUUUGUGCACAGGAACCGGGAUUUGGUAAUGGUCAGCCAAAAGCCGUUCUAUCUGCUAUUUUCGGCACAGAACUGGCUAAAUCUGGUCCUCGAUAUGAUUACAGCAGGGAUCGCCGUAACUAUAAUGUGUGUGGGAGUAGCCACAAAGGACCAGGGAAACUCGACCCUGGGAUUGGCCUUGUUCAGUACGGCAGGCUUUGGCGCGUCGGCCAAGAACAUGAUCCAGCACUGGACCCAACUUGAAAUCAGUAUGGGUGCCGUGGAACGAGUGCGUCUGUUCACUCAAGGGACUGCAGCCGAGAGACAUGCCGACAAGGAGAAAAGUGAUCCCAGAUCGUGGUACAGGAGCGGGAGUAUCGAGUUUCAAAACGUAUCGGCUAGAUACACUCCAUCUUCAUUGCUUAUCCUCCGCAAAAUUUCGUUUUACAUCAAGCCGGGUCAGCGUUAUGCGGUCUGCGGUAGAACGGGCUGUGGCAAAAGCACAUUGCUGGGGACACUGUUACGCCUCGUCACUAUAGAAAGUGGGACUAUACUUGUAGACGGUGCCGACAUUUCGAAAAUGAACCCAGACCAAGUCCGAUCAAGAUUCAUAACGCUGCCCCAGGAGCCACUUUUGAUUCACGGAACGUUGCGCCACAACAUGCAGCUUUACAGGCGCGACUGCACCGACCAAGACAUUAUAGAUGCACUCGACGAGUUCGGCCUAUGGCAGACGGUUCAAUCCAAGGGCGGGCUCGACGCACCUUAUACGGAAGAUCUCCUGUCCCAUGGGCAAAAGCAGCUCUUUUGUUUUGCCAGAUCUACCCUGCAAAACGGCAACAUUGUCAUCCUUGACGAGCCUUCGAGCCAAGCUGACCGAUCGACCGAGGAGAAGAUGGAGGAUGCUAUUCGGGAAAGAUUCAAGCAUCAAACGGUCUUGUGCGUCGCGCAUAAGUUGAGCACCAUUUUGAGCUUUGAUACUGUCAUUGUCAUGGAUGCGGGAUCGAUCGUCGAGACGGGCAGCCCGUACGCGUUGCUGCAGGACAAGUGGUCGUUGUUCUCUACGCUGAUGCGGUCGCAGCGUGCUCAAGAGGAUUAG